GAGUGAGUGGAAAAAAAUAAGAGUGAGGCAACCAGAAACAACCAGGAGAGAAAGAAAGAAAGACAGAAAGAGAGACCAGGAUAGAGAGUCAUGGACGCACUGAGAACAGGCGUGUUUGUGCUGUUUGUGCUCCUGGUGCCUGUUUCCUGUAACGAGGUUUUUUUCACUAACCCGGUCAUCUGCUACUUCCUGGACGGGAUCCUGAUUAUUUACUGCAUCAUUGCCACUGUGUUCUUCUUCAGAGAAAAGUUUUCCAACGUCCCCCCUGUGGCUGUUGCAGAGUCUCAGGCAGAAAAUGGAGCCAUUUACCAGGAGCUUGAGAGACCAAUGGAUGCAGAUCCUUACCAGGUGCUUGAACCAUCAAAAGGAAAGAAAAAACCUGUCAAGAAUAGGAAAUCUGAGUCGACCCAAGCUGCAAAGAAGAAUAAAGACCCUAAUGAAUCUCUGGUCCUCACUGCCUUAACUCCACCUCUGUCCCCCACCUGAUGUCCUGCAUGGUCUCUCCUGUGUCCAGAGACAGCAUUGCUAAUUAGAUCUGAAAGGAUUAGCUGAUUAAUCAAUUAGUGGAUCAAAAGAUGACAGCAACUGCUCAACUCUCUGGAUCCAGCUUCUCAAAAAAGAGGAUUUGCAGCUUUUCUCUGUUUUAACUGACAGCAAAUGAAAUGUCUUUGGGUUUUGGACUCUUGGUCGGACAAAAAGAUAAAUUUAUCAAUAAUGAAAAUAUGUGUUAACUCUACUGUAAGUUCCCAAACUGCUACAGCCAGACAGACAUUAAACUAUUCAUUUUUGCAUUUA